GAAUUUACCAAACAAUAACAAUCGCUUGCUCUUCCUGCUGCCGCACCCUUGCGAUUUUGUGAACUCAUUUUAAAUGUAAAAAAUAAAUUUUGGUUUCUGUAAACCUGAUUUCUUUCAAAACGAGCAACACCGUUUAAAUGUUAAUUUGUAUGGCGAAAAGUGUGAAAUAGCAAAUAUUUAUAAAUAAAGGAAAAUGGGCUGUACCCAAAGUGAAAUUUCGCCUCAAAAUGAAACACCGAGAAAAGGUUGUACUGAUGUUUUGUGGCUUGUUAUUUACAUUGUGUUUUGGAUACUAAUGUUAAUAAUUGCGUGUAUAUCAUUCGUGUAUGGGAACCCACAACGACUCAUAAAUGGAUAUGAUUCCUUCGGUAAUACGUGUGGUGUUAAGAGUAACAAGAAGUUAUUAAAUUAUACCUUGUCUGGUAUAAGCACUGCCGACAAGCCUUAUUUAUUUUUUAUGGACAUAAAAGAAUUAAGACGUUCACUAAAGAUAUGUGUAAAGCAAUGUCCAAAAAAGAAAUUGGAAUCAUUGACGGACAUUCAAAACUUUUACAGAGAAACGGGAUCGAAUGUUUGCAGAUAUGACAUAGAUUUAAAUAAUGUGAUAAAUUCAAAUGCUCUGCACAAUUUUAUUGGUCCCUGUCCAACCUUGCCUGUGUACGAAUCAUUCCCAUUGCUGAACAGAUGUUUCCCCAAAUCAGCUAAGGAGAUAGCAGAAAAAGUAUUCACAGAUUUCUAUGAUCUCUUGAACAGCUGGGAUACUAUAGAGCAAAUGCUAUCAGAUCUUUAUUCUUCAUGGAAAGAAAUGAUUAUCUGUGUUAUAAUUGCAUUUAUAUGUUCAUUAAUAAUGGUAUCAAUUCUGCAUUUACUUGCAACACUCGUGUCUUGGAUAUUCAUGAUACUUGUGUCCAUUGUGAGUAUUGCAGGGACAGGACUUCUCUGGUACACAUAUCAUGAAUUACGGACAAAACAAAAAGAUUUUACUGAAACACUGUUCUUAGCUGAAUCAUUAAAGAAUGAAAAGGCAUUUUUAUGGUACUCAAUAAUUGCUACUAUUAUAACAGUAAUCUUAUUGUUGCUGGUGUUUGUGAUGCGUUCCCGAGUAUCAUUCCUGGCUGCACUAUUCAAGGAGACAGCACAUUGUCUUGGCUCAAUACCUGCACUAUUUCUGCAGCCUAUUGUAACAUUCUUUUUCCUUGUAAUAUUCUUUGCGUUUUGGUCAAUUAUUGUGGUGUGUUUAGCCACAGCUAACUAUCCAGGUAUACCAUUUAAAACCAAUUUCUUCAUCAAUGGCACUGGAUCGCCAGACCGUAUCGACAAUGCCGCAGUACAAGCACAAACUAGCUUGAAAUACCAGAUAGAGUUUGAUCCUCUAUGGGUGAAGAGCAUGUGGUGGAUGUGCCUUGUCUGCCUGGUGUGGGGCAGCGAGUUCAUCCUCGGCUGCCAGCAGAUGACCAUUGCGGGUGCUGUCUCACAUUGGUACUUCAGGGGCCCCAAUGCGCAUCCUUCGCCAGUGUUGUAUUCAAUAGGAAAACUUUUGAAGUACCAUUUGGGUUCGGUGGCCAAAGGAUCCUUCCUUAUCACGCUGUUCAAGAUCCCCAGGCUUAUUCUCACAUAUUUACAUGCAAAGCUAUCAUCGCGAGCCGAGAAGGGUUCAGAAUGUGCGAAGUGCGGUCUCAAAUGUGGAAUCUGUUGCUUCUACUGCUUGGAGAAGUUUAUUCGCUAUCUCAAUCAUAAUGCGUACACCAUCAUCACUAUAGAGAGAUGUCACUUUUGUAAAGCCGCUGCCAGGGCGUUCAGUACGAUAGUGAACAACGCGCUGCAAGUGGCGACCAUCAACAGCGUGGGCGACUUCAUCCUGUUCCUGGGCAAGUGCAUCGUGACGGCGCUCACCGGCAUCGUGGGCCUGCUGCUGCUCAAGAGGAACAACGACUUGCAUUUCUAUGCCGUGCCCACACUCUUCAUCUGUAUAUUCUCGUUUUUGAUCGCCCACUGCAUACUCUCGCUUUACGAGAUGGUGGUGGACUCCCUGUUCCUGUGCGUGUGCGAGGACCGCAACAUGAACAACGCGGAGGGUCGCUGGAAGUCCUCCCGCCUGGCCGAGCUCGGCGGACACCGCCCCGACAACGACACUGAGCAAGACGGCGCAGAGCUGCAGGGACUACAACACAAGUAUUAAUAUCGUGAGUUUUAUGCAUGUAAAUUCCCAUAGAUGAUUACUGGACUGGACUAGACGGAUAUUUUGCACGGUUCACACUUGGCCUGUACAGAUAGACAGUUGCGUCGGCCAGUUACAGAUUGUAUGACAUCACUGGCGCCAGUUAGUGUUUACGUUAUGCCAGUUGAUUGCCGUUCCAGUUGUAAGGCGUUACUGACUAACUGCUCUGUCCAGGUAUAGACUGCAUAUUGAAUUAAGACGAAACAUCGAUAAUCAGGAAUCUUAGGACAAUUGGGUCUUUAUACCCAAGUAAAAUUUAACAUCCAAUCAGUCUACAAUUACGUAGGCGACAAUUUCAAUUAACAUUUAAGACAUAGUUUACGUUUUUUUGCUUUUGCUUUAUACAAUUUUUUGAUAUGUUUUUUAAUAAUUUAUAGUUUAAGGAAACAUAUAAGUUGAUAUUUAGUAUAAGUUUUUUUUUUAAUUAAUUCGAUCUUAAUUCACUUUUUAAAUAAUGCUCAGUUAUAACUAUGGUAUGCUUUGAAUUUCUAUCAAUAAAAUAUUAAUAUUCCUAUGGACCUAAUAACAUAAUCACUUUUUAAUAAUACACAUUAUAUUGUAAACUUUUAAACAGAUGAUUUUAAUAAACGACGUUUUUGAUG